AUGAUGCCAUCAUCUGGCCUUGCUGUCCUUCUCAUCACUGUCUUGAAGUUUUCCCCUGCGGCCCCCUCCCUAUUUGCAGUCACUUCCAGAACCUCAAGGAACAACUACUACCUUGCACAGGCAUAUCUUGACAAGUGUCAUACAGAGAAAGGAAGACAGCAGAUUGGUGAGAUAGUUGCAAGAGGAGGCAAUUCCGUGCUAAAGCAGAUUAAGGAGGGGCAAGCAUUCUUUGGCCUCCAAGUCACCAGGAAGUUGACCCAGCCCACAAUGGAUAUGAUCAAGAAACCUCGCUAUGGAGUUCCUGAUGUGGCAAACUGUCGACACUUCCCAGGUGAACCCAAGUGGAAAAAAAAUACUUUGACAUACAGGAUAAGUAGGAACAGCCCCUCACCACCACCUCCACACUUCAGAGCACCCCCACUUGGCCAUCCUCUGGCUUCCAACAGCCCUGGGGGGGACUGCUAUCCAUCUGAUGGUCCUCUAGGUACUCUAGCCCAUGCAUUUGCACCUGGAGAAUGCCUGGGAGGAGAUAUACAUUUCGACAAUGCUGAGAAGUGAACAAUGGGAAUGAAUGGUUUCAAUUUACUCACUGUUGCUACCCAGGAAUUUGGCCACACACUUGGCCCAGCCCCCUCUACAGACUCUUCAGCACUGAUGGACCUGACUUAUAAGUACCAAGCACCAGCAUCCCAUGGAUUCCGCCUCCCCAGGGAUGAUGUGAAAGGGAUCCAGGCAUCAUACAGGCCUCAGAAAACAUUCCUGGGAAAUCCCACUGUGCCCUGUGCUCUUCAUAAUCCAUCAAAUCCCAAUCACUGUGGCUCCAGCUCAUCCUUUGAUGUGGUGACAACACUGGGAAAGGAGCCCCUCUUCUUCAGGAACCGGAUUUUCUGGUGUCGGCAGGUUCACCUGAGGUCAGGAAUUCAACCCAGCACCAUUACUAGCUCCUUCCCCCAGCUUAUGUCCAAUGUGGAUGCAGCUCACGAAGUGGCUGAAAGGGGCACUGCUUACUUCUUCAAAGUCCCCCAUUACUGGGAAACAAGAGCAUUUCAAACACAAGGUCCUCCUCGGAGUAUUUAUGACUUUGGGCUCCCAAGGUCCAUGCAGAGAAUAGAUGCUGCUGUCUAUCUCAAGGAAGCCCAGGAGACCCUUUUCUUUGUGGGAGAUGAAUACUACAGGUAUAUUGAAAGCAAAAGGAAAAUGGAAAAAGACUAUCCAACGAAUGCUGAAGAAGAAUUUUCAGGAAUAAAUGGCCAAAUAGAUGCUGCUGUGGAAUUAAAUGGCUACAUUAACUUCUUUUCAGGACCAAAACCAUACAAGUAUGGUACAGAAAAGGAAGAUGUGGUUACUGUGGUGAAAUCUAGUUCCUGGAUCUGA